GUGUAUUUAUUGUGAAACAUUGACAAUUAUUAAUAAUGUAUCAAUUUAGGGUGUGUUAAAUAGAUGUACAGAUAAAGGGACGGUGUUUAUAUGAUACUUUAAUUAAAGUAAAGAAUAAUAAGUGAGAUUUUUUUAUAAUAUUUACAAGUAGUGCGGAUGAAGGUUAUCGGCGGCAGAUGUCGCUCGCGCGUCCCUAUUUUACCAACCGCACCCUCAGCCAAACAGAAAAAGAAUUUGGUUACAAUCGUGAUGGUGGCCAUAGUGUCUUAAAUAACCAUGUCGCUGGAGACCCGGUCGAAUUCAGCGCUCUUCAAGAGGGCCGAACAGCUGAAGCGUUGGGAGGAAUCGGACACGAACCGCGAGCCGCCCGUGCCCAAACAGAAGUCGCGCAAGAUUAAGUUCUCGUCCGGAUGCGUGUUCCUGGCCGCCUGCGCCUCCGGGGACAAGGACGAGGUGCUGGGGCUGUUGCAGAAGGGCGCCGACAUCGACACGGCCAAUGUGGACGGGCUGACCGCCCUGCAUCAGGCAUGCAUCGACGACAACCUCGACAUGGUCGAGUUUCUGGUCGAGCACGGGGCGGACGUGAACCGCGGCGACAACGAGGGCUGGACGCCGCUGCACGCCACCUCCAGCUGCGGCUUCCUCUACAUCGCCAAAUACCUGGUGGAGAAGGGCGCGAACGUCGCCGCCGUCAACAACGACGGCGAGCUCGCGAUCGACAUCGCAGAGGAUGAUCGCAUGAAGAACCUGCUGCAGGACGAGGUCGACAAAAGAGGUAUCGACUGUGAUGCGGCCCGCAACGAGGAGGAACGCAUCAUGCUGCGGGACGCGAAAGAAUGGCUGGCGACGAAGAGUUCACAGGUAAACCACGCACACCCCAAACACGGCGCCACACCAUUGCACGUGGCCAGUGCCAAAGGAUAUUCGGACGUCAUCAAGAUUCUGCUCCAGUGCGGUGCGGACGUGGACGCACAGGACGUGGACGGAUGGACGGCGAUGCACGCGGCCGCCCACUGGGGCCAAGAGGAGGCGUGCCAGCUGCUGGCCGAGGGACUGGCCGACCUGGACGCCAAAAAUUUCGUCGGACAGACGCCGUUCGACGUGUCGGACACGGACAUGUUCCGCUUCCUCGAGGAGCUGAAGAAGAAGCAGAACGCGGACGAGGUGAUGAACAGGCGGCAGGCCAAGAAGCGGGCCGAGACCCGCGCCUCCGACGCCGAAACGCCGACCAAGCUCAAGAAGGUGGAGGUGGAGAUCACCGGCGCCGACGAUUCCGCUCCAAUCAAGAAGAAUGACGAGAACGUCGAAAUGGACGUGACAAGCGAAAGUGAGUCGGAAUCGGAAACGGAGACUAGCAGCUCGGAAUCAGAGUCGAGCAGUAGUGAAGAUGAGAAAAAGAACGGCGUGAACGUUUUAACCGACACGGUACACAACAACGUGGACACCAUAACCAGACUGCCGCCCACAGGCCAAAAACAAAUCGUGGAGAACAACGCCGAGGAGACGCCGGCUUGGAGGAAAGGUCUGAACAAAAACAAACCGGAAAGUCCCACCAAAACUGCCAGUUUCGUUGUGAAAAACAACGGCGACACAGACGAAGUGACGCUGAGGAGGAGCAACAGUCUGGGCGAGGAGAAGUCCUAUACGAGAAAUAAGACGCUGCAUGAACGCAUUCAGGCAUAUAAAAAUAAAAGCGAUAUCAUUCCUUAUUCCAAACGACCUAACUCCGACACUAUCCUUAUUUUUAAACCAAAGGUCGACAGUAAGGAAGAGAAAUCGGACUCCCAGAACUCCGUGAGCACCACAACCAGUACAACGUCGACGCCGAGCAAAACGUCGCCAGCUUCUAGUCCAGUACCUGCCGCAGCCCAGACUCUCAGAAGCGGCUUGAAACUGCCGAUCGGCAAAGAGGCCACGCCCUCCACCCCGACGACGACAACGUCGACCACGCCCACCACGCCGACAACGCCCGGCGGCACCCGAUUGCAGAUGUUCAAGAACUUCUUCAAGUCGUUCGUGCCACCGGUGAGAGAUGAGGAGAGCGAGACGCAGAGGAAGGCCCAUGCGAAACGCGUACGCGAAACGAGGCGGUCUACACAGGGCGUCACGCUGGAGGAGAUCAAGUCGGCCGAGCAGUACGUCAAGAAGAGCCAGACGAACAACAACAAAACAGACACAUCGUCGGGCCCGAACGGCGACGCGAACGGCGGCGGAUCGACGCAGACGGUGACCGCGACGAUCACGACGGCCGCACCCACCGUACCGACGACGAGGGACAGCGCGGACGAGGCGGCUGCCGCCGCGGCGGCCGCCGCCACCCACGAGCGUCGGCCCUCGUGGCGGCUGCGCGUCGACAACGGCACCUGCAAAUUCAAGCUGGAGGACGCCACAAAGCCGGCGGAACCCCCGAGCACGCCCUCAUUCGUGAGACGUGCUGCCGCCGCCACGGGGGGCGGCGGCCAACGGCCUACGUCGGCGCCAGUCGAAACGGCCGACGCCACCGUCACGUUGCCGCUGCGCAGACCGAAGAGCCUAGAAGAGAAAGAUCAGGACAAAGAAAACGACGUGCGAAACGCUCAAGCCACUCUGGCCACCCAGGCGGCCAUCCAGCGAAGGAGGCGACCGAAACGACGGUCCACCGGAGUUGUAAACUUCGACAAUGUGGAUGACUGCGACCAAGACAAAGAGUCCUCCGGAGCUGGCGACUAUGAUGAUCUCAAGAUCAACCACCAAGAGAGUGGCGUAGAGAGGAACAGCAGAUCGCGCACCGGCAGCAACAGCGACAUCCGCAACGAGAAUGGAGAGAUAGACUACAAGAAACUGUACGAGCAACAGCUGGCCGAGAACGACCGUCUCAAGGACAAGCUGAAGAAGUCCGAGGAGGAGUUGCGCGAGACCAAACAGACACUGGAGAAAAUCAACCUCGUCACCAGUAAAAACUCUCUGUCGGAACUGGAGAAGCGGGAACGGCGAGCGAUGGAACGGAAACUGAGCGAAAUGGAGGAGGAACUGAAGCAAUUGCAAAAAUUGAAGGCCGACAACGAGCGAUUAAAGGCCGAUAAUCGAUCGCUCACACGUGUCAUCAACAAACUUACCAACUCUGCGAAAAAAUAGCACCUGGAGACACUGAAGUCUGAAAACCAGAGGCUGAAGGACGAGAACGGAGCGCUGAUAAGAGUCAUCAGUAAACUGUCGAAGUGAAUGUUUUAAGUUCAGUUAGUUAAGUUUUAAUUUGAUGUACGCCGAGAGAGGAAGCGUUUAUUUAUUUAUUUAUCGAACAUUGAAAAAGCACUUUGUUGUAACCAAGUAUUACUGUUAGUUUCUUUUUUUUAUUUAUUUAACAUGUGCAUCAGUUGUUAGUAAUUUAUAUGUUUACUUGUGCAUAUGAUUGUGUCCAUUUAUUACAGAUUUAAGUAAGGAAAAUGUCAGUCUGUCUCUCUGUGUUAAUUGGACAAUAUGAAGUUUAUUGACUGUGUGAUAUAUUUGCUCCUUGUGUUUAAUUUUACUAUUAAUUAAUAAUAAAUAAUCCGUUUGUUCAACUUGAUAGUUUUUAAAAUAGUUUAUAUGAUAAAAAGACACCAACGUAACCAGUUCUACAAUACAAAUCAAACUAUAUACAUAUACUGCAUACAUGUCAAUUUUUGAAUGAUAUUUUUUGUAAAAAUUUUAUUGUAUUAUACAAUUGUAUCUAAUUAUAGUAUAUUUGUGAAUAACUUGUCAUAUUAACAAUAAUUGUGAUUUUAAUGUAUCUAAAUUUUUUAUUUGUAAGACCUCCACAGCCUUAUUAAUAGUAAAAUUGUUUAGUUGACUUUUAUGAAUUUUUAAUCUAGUCCAAAAAACCCAUUUGCGACUUAUUAACUAAAUUUCUUUUAAAAUAACUUUUGUUGUAUACAACACAAAAGUGUAUAAAGGUGCUGAUUAAUACGAAUAUAACCCUUGUUAUAACCUUUAUCUAUUUUUUAAUUAAAAUUAUAUGCAUCAUUUUGAUCUUUCUCAACUUUAAUUGGACGUAAAGUCAUCGAUUAGUUACUUAAUUUAAAUUGACGAAGCGUAAUAACGUGUUAAAUAAAUGCAUAUGUGAUAAAGGUUAAUAAAAAAACUGUUAAUAAAUUCUAUUUAUUUUAUAUUUGUUUAUAAAUAAAAAGUCUUGUAUAUAUUACGUUCAAAUGCAGUUUAAUGUUGUUUCAUCGAACUUGUGCCUUGCUUUCCAUUAUAUAUAUAUAAAUAUGUUAUUUUGUAGUUUUUGUGUAAUUUAUUCCUUGUAUUUAUUGUUUUUAGAAGCUCCAAAUCCUUGUGUAUAGUCAUUUUAUAGCUGAUUCUAUAAUAAAAUAUUACGUGUAAUUUUUCA